AUGAAGGAAUGUCAGUGCGAUGCGGAAGAAGACAACUACUGCUAUUUAUGCUGCGGUAACGCGGACCAUCAGUGCCUUCCCGCUCACCACCACAAUAUUUUAAGAAUGGAAAAGAUCUGUGUGGACAACACAUGCGAAAACCCUUGUGCACGAUUCGCUCCACACUUGAUGGUGUGUGACUGCCCAGCAAUCGACCAGGACACUGGAUUUGCUUCCGAAGAUCGAUGUCAGCUAUGCUGCUAUGAUUUCAAUUUGAAACCAGCAAAUCGACGCUGCCAAAACGCUUAUCGCAAGUAUAAGGUGAUGGAUCUGUUCCAGAAACCCAUUUGGAGGGUUGGUUUAGAGUGUGCAGGAGGGAAAACCUGCAACAAAUACGGAGUUUGUGCUGCUUGUACAUUGAAGUAUACCGGUCUACUUCUGCUUAUUCCUUUGCUACUACGAGUAUUUUGGUGAGA